UUGUAAUUGGGAAGCACUUAAGAGUAAGAGCUGCAGGUGAGAGAGAUGAUGGCAAAGGCGAUACACAUGAAAAAGUACGUCACAAAUCUAUCAAUUUUCUAUUCAAUCAUCCCCAUAGCUCGGCAAUUUUUUUCUACGUCAAGUGCAGUAUCAGCCUUAGAAUCAGAAACUGGACCGGUACACAAACGUUUUGGUUCAUUUAUUGGUGUUAUACAAGACAAAGAUCUUCUGAAAAAGGCUCCAAAUGGGGAACUUUUAGUACUGUAUCUUAUUGACAAUGGCGCAAUGGACCCAGAUGCCACUUUAUAUAACCAGCUACUGAAAAAAUGUACGGAAUGGAAACGGCUUAAAGAAGGCAAAGUGGUUCAUGAACACUUCCUGAGGUCGAGGUUUAGACAUUAUGUUGUUCCGAAUAACACGUUGAUUAAUAUGUAUGCGAAGUAUGAAAGCAUGGAUGAUGCUCGCAAGGUGUUUGAUGAAAUGCCUGAAAGAGAUAUGGUUUCUUGGACUGCGUUGAUUACUGGGUAUUCGCAGAAUGAGGGUGCUGAGGAGGCAUUGGUUUUGUUCUGUGAGAUGUUGAGGAUUGGGUUUAUGCCGAAUCAGUUUACUUUUGGCAGUGUUCUCAAGGCUUCCGGGGCGUUGGACAGUGGUAGAACGGGCAGGCAACUACACGGGUCGUGUGUGAAAUUUGGAUACGAGGAGAAUGUGUAUGUUGGGACUGCUCUUGUGGAUAUGUAUGCAAGGUGUGGACUAAUGGACGAAGCGAAAAUUGUGUUUGACAAGUUAAGUUGCAAGAAUGAGGUUUCUUGGAAUGCUUUGAUUGCUGGGCAUGCGAGGAAAAGUGAGGGAGAAAUUGCUGUGAAGCUUUUCUCUGAGAUGAAAAGAGGCGGUUUUCAGCCGACCCACUUUACAUUUUCAAGUGUUUAUGCAGCCUGUGCAAGCAUUGGAGCUCUAGAGCCUGGGAAAUGGGUGCAUGUGCAUAUGAUCAAGUCAGGGUUGGAACUUAUUGCUUUUAUUGGGAAUACUCUGCUUGAUAUGUAUGCUAAGUCUGGUAGCAUUGAUGAUGCCCGAAAGGUCUUUGAUCGGUUAGUGAAAAAGGAUGUGGUCUCUUGGAACUCAAUGCUUACCGCCUAUGCUCAGCAUGGACUCGGAAAAGAAACUGUAGAAUGCUUUGAGGAAAUGCGUAGGAUAGGACCUGAACCUAAUGAAGUGACUUUUCUUUGUGCUCUUACAGCUUGCAGUCAUGCUGGGCUUCUAGACAAAGGAAUGCAUUAUUUUGAAUUGAUGAAGAAAUUUAAGAUAGAGCCUAAUAUUUCCCAUUAUGUGACCAUUGUAGAUCUACUUGGCCGAUCAGGUCAACUUGACCGUGCUGAUAAGUUCAUAAAUGAAAUGCCAAUUCAACCUAAUGCAGCUGUUUGGAAAGCUUUGCUUGGAGCUUGUAGGAUGCAUAAAAACUUGGAGUUGGGUGUUUAUGCAGCUGAACGUGUGUUUGAACUUGAUCCCUAUGAUUCAGGGCCACAUAUUUUGCUGUCCAACAUCUAUGCUUCUGCUGGUAGGAGAAGUGAUGCUGCGAAAGUUAGAAAAAUGAUGAAUGAGAGUGGAGUCAAGAAAGAACCUGCUUGCAGUUGGGUGGAGAUUGAGAAUGCUGUUCAUAUGUUUGUAGCAAAUGAUGAUGCCCAUCCACAGAGAGAGGAGAUCCAUAACAUGUGGGAAAAGAUAACUGAUAAAAUUAAAGAAAUUGGCUAUGUCCCAGACACUAGCCACGUGCUUUGGUUUACGGAUCAGCAGGAGAGGGAAGAGAGGUUGCAAUACCAUAGUGAACGACUUGCUUUAGCAUUUGCUCUUCUCAAUUCUCCACCCGGGUCCCCUAUCCGUAUAAAGAAGAACAUCAGAGUUUGUGGUGAUUGCCAUACUGCAUUUAAGUUUGCUUCAAAGGUGGUGAAUAGGGAAAUCAUCUUGAGAGACACAAAUCGGUUCCAUCAUUUUCGUAAUGGUUCUUGUUCCUGUGGAGACUACUGGUAGUGCAAAGAUAAUUUCCCAUAUAUGCAAUGGUUAACUAUCAAAGAUUCAUUUAAAUUAUAUGUGGUAACGUGAAAUCAUUCUUGACUGCAUGCUGGACAUUGUUGGGAUAAGAUGAUGCAUGUUUUCCAGCCAAAAUUACUUGUUGGCAUAUAAGCAAGCCUCUUUAAUAUAUGCUUUCUUCCAUCAGAUGGAUUGGAAGGGAUUUUUGCCUAAUAAGUCUGGUUUUGACUACUUUAUUGCUUCCCAGCACAUGGUUAGAAGCAGGUUACUCUCAUGGUCUGCCUCUCUUAAUAGCACAAGAACGAUAACAUAAUCGCCAGAGGUUCUGGAAAACAUUGGUGCCAAUUGCUGAUGAUAUUUGCACUUGGUUUCGAGAAAAUCAAUACUAUCUUUCAGAUUUUCUGGGGAAGCAUCUAGGUAUGAACUGAAGGGACCUUUACGCGGAAAGACAGUAGUCUUAAUAUUUUAUCUGCAUUUCAUGUUCUUUUUUAAGAAAACCUACAUUUCAUUUCUUAAACUGCAAGUACUCAUAGUAGUGACUAUGUGCCUAGUUUCUACCAAAUGAAAGAGAAUUUAUUCUGUUCCUAAAUUUUAAGAACCUUGAGCUCUACCUGCUGUGUCUUGAGAGUGUGUUACAUUUUCUCUUCACGUACAGUUACAGAUGUCAGACAUUUAAAAGAAAAUCAGGGUCUACUCGAUCAUGCUUUAAGGUUUUGUUAUAAACAAUCUUUUUGGUAAUAUCAGAUAUCAUGCUUCAUGGUCAUAUUUCUUUACAACGUGGGUCGAACUCUCUCACAGAAUCUCCCGCAAAAGAGUUAUUAGAGUUCUUAAAAAUCCUGUUAAUGCUACAUUUGAUCGGAGCUCAAUCACAAAGUGAAAAGGCCACUUUGUGUUCGUCUGUCUUAUGCAUAUCUGGAUUGGGUCAGUUCCUCAUUAAUGACAUCAACAAUGUUACUUGGUGCCGCAUACUGACGUUUAUGACUUUACCUGUCAAAAUAAACAGAAAUGUAGGUGAUGCUGCUCUUGAACUUCAGGAACAAUACGGUUACAGGAGAACUUGAUAAUGGGGUACUGGUGCAGCAAUGCAACUCAGAAAUGCUAAAACCCUUUUCUUCUGGCAUAUGUAGGUAGCCAAAGCCUCGAGAAUGGUCUGAGAGCAUGGAUUCAUGAAGGAACUAUGGUGGAGGCCAAAAGAUUCUAGGAUAAUUCUAUAGCACAUGGUGAAGCAGACGAAAAUUGAGAAUCUUGGUGGUGAAUGUGAGGCUGUGGAGUAUUAUGAGGACAGGACAGCUUGAAAUCAAAAAACUAUAGCUACAGGCCUAGGCUAAUGCGAGUAUGAUAUGAUCAUCCCAAUUAUACUUUCCUGUGUUAUAUCAUAUGCAUUUUGGAUGGGGAUUUUGUUUUGCUGAUCAAGAUGCAGAGAAGUGGAAGGAUGUGGCAAAGAGGAGAAGAUCCUUCACCAGAUCAUGUCAAAGAAGCUUAUCGCUUAUCUAUGUUAGGAUUGUGACAGAACAAACCGAAGUGCUUGUAGUGAGAAAGUUUAUUUUCAUGAUUUCAUGACAUAACCCUUUAUGUUCCAUGCAGCCCUAGAAAGCAAGAAAUGUUGUAGAGUAACUCACUCAAUGGUGAACGGAUGUUCUUUCCCUCUCCAGGCAGAAGUUACUGAAACCUAGCCUGCUCGUGUAAAGUUUUCCCUUUAAGAACAUUUACUGUUAGUAGAAUUCGACGUGGUAGCAAGCACAAAAGGAUAACAAGGGGUUGUUUUAUCAGUGUAAGUAGCUACUCUUGAGGUUCUCUUGGUUUUGUAUGAUUUUGUAUGAUUUAAGUCAUAUAUAAUGGUUUGAUUAUGACCCAAAUAUU